AUGGCCCCGUACGAAAUGUUAUAUGGAAGAAAAUGCCGAACUCCGGUAUUUUGGGGAGAAGUGGGUCCACGUGGGCUAGCACCCACGGAUAUAAUCCGAGCCACGAACGAGAAAAUUGACAUGGUCCGAGCUCACUUAAAAGCAGCUCAAGACCGACAAAAGUCGUAUGUUGAUAAACGAAGAAGGCCCAUUGAAUUCCAAGUCGGUGACAAAGUCAUGCUCAAAGUGUCCCCAUGGAAAGGAGUUAUUCGGUUUAGAAAGAAAGGGAAACUGAGCCCAAGAUUUAUUGGACCGUUUACGAUUAUCGAACGGGUAGGAAAGGUAGCCUAUCGCCUUGAACUACCGGAGGAACUAAGCGGAAUUCAUAGCACAUUUCACGUGUCACAUCUUCGGAAAUGUCUGGCCGAUGAGACGACUUAUGUCCACUACAAUGACAUUGAGGUGGAUAACAGAUUAAACUAUGUGGUAAGACCCAUUGCGAUUUUAGAUCGCAAGGUGAAAACCUUAAGAAAUAAAGAGAUCAAUCAAGUAAGAGUCAAAUGGGAACACAAGAAGGGUGCUGAUACCACAUGGGAAUCCGAAGAAGAAAUGCAACGGCUAUACCCUACUUUGUUUGGUACGUAA